AUGCAAGCUGUUGGUCAGUGUUCAGUGUGUACCGGUCGUGCUGCUGGAGGACUUCUGCGAAAUCAGACAGACUUUUCACUUCUGCGGACCAACAAGAGUAUGCUCAGGAGAGGAGCAGCCUGUAUCCGUUUCAUAAGCAGUUCUGAGAGUGUCCUAUUCAGCAGCAGGAAGCCUGGAGUUAAACAAUUUGGGGAACGGACAGAUAAUGUGCACAUGCCUUUAAGUGUUGGCCUUGGACUUGCUAUUCCUUUUGCACAGGAAAUGGAAAACCUCUCUCAUGACUCCCUGAUCAGAAGAGCAGCCUCAGUGGUUACAGACAGUUCAAGUACUUUGCUCUCCCAGACCUCCUUGGCUCUCAUAAAUGCUCUUAAAGACUACUCAAAGGCUGUGCACACACGCAUUGCUGUCCAAAGACGGUAUUUAGCCUCACUGGGAAAACUGACCCGAGCAGAAGAGGAUUCGUUUCUGGGGUUAAUCAAUGGCCAGCGAGCAGUGGUUCGUGACAGGCUACAUGAAUGCAAACGUUUUGAAUUAACCUGGAUCAAUUCUGUCAACUUGUGUAAAAUGGCGGUCGAGGCAGCACACUCUUCAGGAGCCGAGCAGGCGUCCAUCACAGUGAGGACAAGCGUUCAGGUGGCCCAGGCGCAGGUUGGGGAAGCUCGGAAACUGUCAGCGAAUGCAGAUAAGAAGUUGGCGGAGACUAAAGUAGAAGAGAUCCAAAGGAUGGCAGAAUAUGUUGCCUUUCUAGAAGAUGGCGAGGAGCAUGAGGUGCAUGAGGCUUAUCUACGAGAGGACUAAGACAAAUUGAC